AUGAAAUCAGACUCUUUGGCAAAUUACCAAAUCAAGAACCCGAUAGGUCGCGGAGCUGGUAGUUUUGUGUGUAAAAUUGUCAACCGUCUAAGUAAAGUAGAGAUGGCUGCCAAGAUCAUUCAAAAAACAUCAUCAAAUGCGCAAAAAAUAUAAAAUGAAGUUGCAAUACAUUUAGAAUUGCAUCAUAAGAAUGUAGUACAUCUAGCAGACAUCUUCGAAGAUGCUGAUAACAGUUAUCUUAUUAUGGAAUUGUGUGAUUCGGAUAUUUAUUAGCUGAUUAAAAAGGAACAAUUCUCUGAAUAAUAAAUACGAUAUUAUGGCAGGUAAUUGGCAGAAGGCUUACAAUAUUUACAUUCUCACAAUAUAAUCCACAGAGAUAUCAAAUUGGGUAACUUAUUAAUCCAGAAUGAUAUUCUAAAAAUUGCUGAUUUUGGAUUGGCUGUAAAAUUAAACAAUGACGAAGAAGAGAGAAGCACUCUAUGUGGAACUCCCAAUUAUAUCAGUCCUGAAAUCAUAAAUCAAUAACCAUAUGGUAAAAAGGUUGAUCUUUGGAGUAUGGGAUGUUGUUUAUAUGCAAUGGCAACAGGUCAUGGGCCCUUUGAAGAGAAAAAUGCUCCAUUGGGGGAGGUGUUGAGAAGAGUCAAAGUUGGCGAUUUUGAUUUACCCACCAAUUUCUCAGAAGCGUUCAAAGAUUUGAUUAUUAAUUUAUUGAAUUUGGAUGCUGAUUAGAGAUAUUCCAUUGAAAAGAUCAUCAAACAUCCUUUUUUUAUUGAACCCAUUCCUCCAAGGAUUCAAAGUAGGAAUCAAUCGAGUUCUUAGAUCAAGUAACUUCUUGAUUUAAGUCCUUUUGUAAAGCAUUAACACAGAUCUACUUGUUCAAUGAUUGGAUUAGAGAAAUAGUAAAUAGUAGCAUCAUUCCUAUAGAAACAAUAAUAAUUAGGUGGUAAGAAAUUGUUAUUUGGCAAUACUACAAAUUGUAAAGGUGUAUUGAAACAAAAUUAUCAUCUUGAGAAUGUUCCUCGAUUUUUCUUGCCUUAAGAAUCUCAUUCUAACAAUACUAGUUGCAAUCAUCACAAUAAGGAAAAUAUACACAAAGAUAAUUGCAAUAAAGAAAACAUCAGAGACAAUAGUGUCAAAUUGACAAAAUAAAAUUCAUCAACCAUCAAUAUAUACAAUGAAUCUCCCAUUAAAUUAGAAGAUCUAAAAUCAUGUAGAUUAUAAACAAAAAAUGGAUUAUUGCAAAUACAUGGAGAUGGCAGAUUUGAAAUGGAUGUUUGCAAUAAGGAUUUAAACUUUAUAAUCUAAACUAAUGGAUAAGAAAUUCUGGUUCAGAAGAAAGGGCAAAAACCAAAACAAUAUCGAUUAAAUGAAUUACCAUAAAAACUGUAGAAAUUCUAUACUUAUUCAAAAUAAGUAUGCAAUGCUAUCAGAGAAAGAAAUUAAAAACACAAAAUUAACAAUGAACAUGGGAACUUUGCUCUUAAGAAUACAAAAUUGGGGUAAUGUUUUGAAGGAUACAUUGCCUAGUCAAAAAUAAAAAUUCAAUACAUUUUGAAUUCAGAUACAAUAAAAUUGUAAUUGCAAAAUGGAACUUUAAAAUCUAUCAAUAUUAAUGAAUUUUAAUAGUUAUCUACUUAGGCUAGAAUGGAUCCUAAUGAGGUUUAUUCAAUAAAAAUAGCUCUCAAGUAUUUACCUUAAUGUUAAUAAUGA